AUGCCUCAGUACACCUCGCGAGAUGUCGGCGAUCCGUCGCAAAUCAAGAAGACGAAGCAGUCAAUGGCUGACUUGAAAUUGAGACGGUUAACGGAACUUAACAACCGUCUGCGAGAAGACUUGGAGCGGGAGCGCAUUCCCAUCAGCACAGCAUCUAAGAGCAUUAUUGCUUACUGCAAUGGCACGAGGGAUUACAUGGUCCCAUCAGUAUGGGGGUCAGUACCCAAGGGCGAGGAUCCUUACGCUCCUCAACAAUCCGGCGGCUGCUGCGUCGUCAUGUAA